GGUUUUAUUUUCCGGGGGACCUCAGAGCCGAUCAUGGCGACUCUCGGCGGCAGUCGUGGGGAUCGUCUCGGCAACUCAAAUCAACAAAAGUCUUCUCUUGCUUCUCCGGAGAAAGUCCGUGAACUUCUUAACGACGGGGUGUCGUCCACAGGUAGCGGACCCCACAGUGGACAAGGAGAUUUGAAAGUUCUGGACGUAAAAAGCAACACUCAAGCACCUUGCGAGGCAACGAACAAAGAAGCCUUUUUCUCAAGAGUGGAAUCUUAUUCAUGUUUGAAAUGGGCAGGCAAACCCCGGAUACUGUCCCCUCUGAUGUGUGCCAGAUAUGGCUGGAUCAACGUUGGCUGUGAUAUGCUCAAGUGCUCCAGCUGCCAGGCUUUCCUUUGUGCAUCACUACAAGCAACUUUAGACUUUGAAAAAUAUGAAUCCCGCAUUGCAGAGAUAUCGAGGCAGCUUCAGACACAGCAUGAGAAGUUUUGUCCCUGGCCUGACUUUCCAUGCCCAGAGCGGUUCUGGCUGGUUCCAGCAUGUGAACCAUCAGCACUUCUCACUGCCUUCUUGGAGCGCUUCCAGAGCGCCUGUCUCCUUGCACAGCAGCUGCCAGCCAUGAAGCCAGAGCAGCUGAAGUCUAUGUCACUGACUGAGGAUGUUGUCAGUGUUAUACUGCAGCUGAUCGAGGAAGAACAAAAAAGAAAGGGAGGGGCUCCAUGUUCUGAACCUUUGGCAGUCCAGGUGGCUGCAUGCAUUGUUUCACUCUGUGGCUGGGCUGCAAGCCCAGCUCUGCACGCCAUGAACCUGCCCAUCCUCACCUGCUCAUACUGUAUGCGCAAGGUGGGCUUGUGGAACUUCCAUCAGAUGGAGGGAAUGGGAGGCGAUGGAGAGGUGUUUACAAACACUCUAGGCCCCUCUACUCCAGUAACAGGUCCUGCCUCAGCAGUUACGCACGAGGUCCAGGGCGACCAGCCUGCUUCUGCCUCAUCCACACCUGCUACAACUCCAUGCCGCAUGAAGCUAAGGAGCCAGGACUCCACCCGCUCUGACCAGGGUGAGGGAACCUCCUCCCCCGUGGCAUUGCGUGCUCGAAGCAGAGACUCACCAAGCCCCAAUGAAGAGCUGCCAAGUCCUUUGACCAGAGGCAAAAGGACCGCAACUCGCAGUAAAGGACAAGGGGACAACUUUGGGGGUGAUGGCGCUGCCAGCCUGCAGCACCCUCCUAAACGCCUGUGCCUCUCAUCAGUCGGUGGUCCUGAUGGGCUCCUGCACAAGAAUUCAUUUGACCCCCUCGCUCAGCACAGAGACUGGUGUCCCUGGAUCUCUGUAGGAAAGGAGAAUGUGGAUCCAGGGGCAAUCCAGUUUUUGGAUGGCGGUGCAGCACUUCAUCAGCAGGGCUGGAAGGCUGCUCUCGACCUCCUCGUGCCCAUGAAGAAGAACUCUAAUACAGCAGGAGGCAGUCCAGCACAGGGCCCACGUGACAAGUCUAAAAGGGUGUUUGCUAUAUUCCGUCAGUGGCAGGUAUCCUCCUCUCCGUCUCAGUAGACUGUUACAUACAAACAGCAUUGCAACACUGAAUUGAUGAACUGUCCUGCCUUCUUUUUAUGGUACCGAGUCUGUAGUACCAAUGACAGGAGUGUCAUAUCAUAUCAAUGUACGCCAUCCCAUAAAGUCGUGUUUCUGGAGGAAGUUGAUUGUGUCUUUAGGCAAAUGAAUGAGUGUCUUCUCUGUGAACAGUGAAAUAUGUGAAGGAUGCCCGUGUGGCAUUAAAACAUUUGAAUUCUGUGUCAUGAAAAUUGGGAUGUGUGACUACUGGGGGGGCCUUUCUAUAGGCCUUAUAUCAUGUGUAUACGUAAGUAGUAAUAGAAUACAUCUCAGCAUUUAAAUUGACCACAGGCAAGACAUCUACAACUAACCUCACAUGAAGUCGGCUUUGGUAGUCCUUGGUGGUAGUCUGGAAUUCUGUGGAACAAGACAAGUCCCUGAUCGUGAGAAAGGGCCAAAUGGCUUGACACUGGAAAGGCAACAUUUACCUUCAAUGUAUGUUGAGUCAUUUGAGGGAGUGGUAAACAUUAACCUCAGAUUAGCAAAAAAUACUGUGAGGAAAUCAUUUUUGUGUGUUUACUGUUGUGGAUGUGAGUUCUCUUUUUAAAGGAACAAUUCUUUAGCUAGUGAAAUGUUUUCAUAUAGUCAGUGCUAAAAUCCUGCGUAUUGCAGGCAGGUAGAACCAUGUGCCAUAAACUUCCAGUCAAUUUUGAAAUAGAUUCAGGAUACUUGUACUUUUUGCCUUUCUGUGACAUCUGAUUGCUAACUCAGUCCUCUCUGUUCUGCAUGUGCUUUUAUCUCCGUAGAAUUUCCUUAAAGUGUUUAAUAAAAUGCUCUUCUGAAA